AUGAAUGACUAUUGUUACGAGUGGAAGGUAAAGCAUCAGUGGGGAGAUAAGAAUAUAUUCAGUGAGUAUUUUACAUCAUAUAAUUAUACGUGGAGAUUGUGCCUUAUUUCAGUGGACAGGCCUUAUCUGUAUUUGGAAUAUUUUGGAUAUUUAACAUUUGAAGUGUUCACCGAUUAUGUUCUAACUAUUGAAUACGCAGAUGGGGAGGUUGAAGAAAAGAAAGUGACAUUUGGGUUUGGGUCACAGUUGGAAUUUGGAGUGGAAGUGCAACCUAAAGAAAAGAAAAAAAUAAUGGUAAAAAUACUCUCUGCUGUUCGGUGUUAUGAAGCCAAGAAAGAGACGCCGUAUACAGGACUGAUCAAUUUAGGGGCUACGUGCUACUUAAACUCAAUAAUACAGACACUCUUUCAUUUGAAAGGGUUUGUUAAGGAGUUAUUUAAGCAGCCACCAGGCGACAAGACAGUGCAAAUGCAGAAAUUGUUUUAUCAGCUAGCAAAGGACACGAUGUACGUUGAUACGAAAGAAUUCACAAAUGCGUUCAAAUUAAAGAAUGAAGAUAUUGAUGAACAACAGGAUAUACAAGAGUUCUUUAAAGCACUAUUGGAUGAUUUAGAGAAGGAAGCAAAAAACACUCCAUUUUUCAAGUAUAUUGAAGAUACUUUUUAUGGGGAGUUAGGGACAACCAUUAGGUGUGAGAAAGGGUGUGUACGAGAAAUAACUGAGAAAUAUAAUGAUUUGCAGUUGGUCAUGGACUUACCGUACAUGGAGAAUUCAAGGACCUCUUUAGAAGAUUCUCUUCAUAAUUAUAUAAGUACAAUGCAUUUGAAAGCACCUAAUUUAUACCACUGUGAGAAGCACGGGUACGUUGAGGCUACUAAAUCAGAUUAUUGUAAGACAUUCCCGCCUGUGCUAUUUUUGCAGGUGAAGAGGUUUAACAUGGACUAUGAGACUGGGGAAGUGUACAAAUUGAAUAAUUAUUAUUCAUUUCCUAAAGACUUAGACUUGUCUCCGUAUACACCUGAUAAAAGUGUUGAUAAUAAGUAUACUCUGUACUCUGUGAAUGUUCACAUGGGAUGUGGAAUGUCUGAAGGACAUUAUUAUGCGUAUAUAAGAAAGGGUGAUGAGUGGUAUAAAUUUAACGAUACGUAUGUGACUAAGUGCAUGGAGGAAGAAGCCAUUCAAGAAACAUUUGGUGGGAGGCAUAGGUAUAAGAAUAAGAUAAAGGCAGCGAAUGCUUAUUACUUGGUAUACAUAAGAACUUCUCAGAUGGAAACUCUUCUUAAUAGUAUAGUAGAAACUGUGCCUGAAGAAAUAAAACAGAGUGUGGAGAAGGAAAGGUUUCUUUCAAUCAAAUCUAAGCUAGAAAUAUACGUACCCAGUGCAAUGAAUGGAUACUGGGGAGUGGGAUGUUUUACACCAGGCCGGAUGUACUUGAAAUCAUCCCCGGGUGUGAUAGAACUUGAAAAUUCCCAGUCGUAUAAUCAAGUGGCUGCACAGGCUAAAAAACUUCUUUCAAAGCCAAAUACAGCAAUUGAUUCUGUUCUCCUGUACACACUGGAUGAAAGCGGCAGUGAAUCACAGUUACAGCCGAUAAACCCCACUGAAAUAGUUGCGGAUCUUAAAAGCUCCUCUAUUUUUGCGAUAGAGUCGGAUAAAAACAUAAAGAAAGAAGACUCUUUCGUCCUUUUUAUCAAACAAACAACAGCAAUGGGACAGAAGUACUCCCUUAAGGUGCUUAUAGGUAUAAAAUCUGUCCAUGUGGUAAAUAAGAAUGCAUGUGUUAAAGAAUGGAUUAAAGCAGGAUAUAACUUAAGUGUACCACCAUUCGCUGAGAUAAAUGGAAGACCUAAAGAAAUAGAGGAUAAUAUCACAUUCAAGAAAUUGUUUAAUGGUGAUUCUGGUGUGAUUGUACUUGAUGCGGGUGUAAAGGUGCUGACAGAGUAUUUCACACAACUUUCAUCCCAUAAGAUUUAUACAGUCGUGCACAAUAACACGCCCGUAAGUAAUUAUUGGGUACCUUCUAAAACAACCAAGAGUGAAAUGCAAGAAAUUCUUCAAAAAACCAUGAAAUCGGACAAGUUUAAAAUAACAGAAAUCACUGAGAAUGUGAUAUAUUUAGAACUAGAGAAAAACAAGGUUCUAGUGUACCUUUUAGCACUUGGUGAUAAAACUGAAAAUAUCAACCUCAUCGAAAAAAAUGCAUACAUCCUCUCAGAUAUGGUCACAGCAGAAGAAGUCCUCUCUACGCUCGGUGUGAAAAACGAAAGUAUAACCCCAGAUACACGCAUUCUUAAAGCAUACCCAAAAGUAGAACAAAUCACCACGUAUAAACCAACAAGUACAAGAAUCAGCUUAAAUAACUUGGCAUUCUUAACUGUUCAGGAGAUAGAUAAGAAAAUAAAAAUAGAAGCUGCCAUGAGGUACAGCAGCGAAACUGUUGGAUACCCUUUUAUGAUUGAUUUGGAGACAAAAAAGACGGCCAUGGAACUAAAAAGAUUAUACGGCCUAGAGGAGAGUGUCCUAAUCAGAGCAUCUUCAAUUAAACAGACUCAGCUAGAAGAAAUGGCUCCAGUAAAAAAACUCUCAAAAAAUGAAAAGCUCAUUUUUAAGAUAACUUACUACCAGAAAUACCAACUGAAUUCUACUUGUCUAUACUUUAGCUAAGAAUAAAUAAAGUGAUAGAUCCUAUUCAUAAAUAUUCGGGUUAUUCAUGAUACUCCAGU